UUCGGUCUGGGGCCGGGAGGGAUGCGGCUCGCGCCUUGCGGCCCGCGGGAGGCGGGGAGGCCUCCGUGAGGAGGCGGAGCUGCGAGACCCGCCCGUCUGCCCGGGCCGCCGCCGCCGCCGCCGCGGUCCCCUGCGCUCCUCCCCGCCCCCGCCGCACGCCCCCACCCGGGCCAGCUUCGCAUCCUCUGCGGCGGCGGCUUACGCCCCUCGUAGCUGCCCUGCCGGAGGAAACCGAAGAAGGCGCAAGCCAUGGAAGGGAACCGGGAUGAGGCGGAGAAAUGUGUCGAGAUCGCCCGGGAGGCCCUGAACGCCGGCAACCGCGAGAAGGCCCAGCGCUUCCUACAGAAGGCCGAGAAGCUCUACCCACUGCCCUCGGCCCGCGCGCUAUUGGAAAUAAUUAUGAAAAAUGGAAGCACGGCUGGAAAUGGCCCUCGUUGCCGAAAACCAUCAGGUAGUGGUGAUCAAAACAAGCCUAAUUGCACAAAGGACAGCACAUCUGGUAGUGGUGAAAGUGGAAAAGGCUAUACCAAAGACCAAGUAGAUGGAGUUCUCAGCAUAAACAAAUGUAAAAAUUACUAUGAAGUACUUGGAGUUACAAAAGAUGCUGGUGAUGAAGAUUUGAAAAAAGCUUAUAGAAAGCUUGCUUUGAAGUUUCAUCCAGACAAAAACCGUGCACCUGGAGCAACAGAUGCUUUUAAAAAGAUUGGAAAUGCUUAUGCUGUUUUAAGCAAUCCAGAGAAACGAAAACAGUAUGACCUCACAGGCAAUGAAGAACAAGCUUGUAAUCACCAAAACAAUGGCAAAUUUAAUUUCCAUAGAGGUUGUGAAGCCGAUAUAACUCCAGAAGACUUGUUUAAUAUAUUUUUUGGUGGUGGAUUUCCUUCAGGUAGCGUACAUUCAUUUUCAAAUGGGCGAGCUGGUUAUAGCCAUCAACAUCAGCAUCGACAUAGUGGACAUGAAAGAGAAGAAGAAAGAGGAGGAGAUGGAGGUUUUUCUGUGUUUAUCCAGCUGAUGCCCAUUAUUGUAUUGAUCCUCGUGUCAUUAUUAAGCCAGUUGAUGGUCUCUAAUCCUCCUUAUUCCUUAUAUCCCAGAUCUGGAUCAGGGCAAACUAUUAAAAUGCAGACGGAAAACUUGGGCGUUGUUUAUUAUGUCAACAAGGACUUUAAAAAUGAGUAUAAAGGAAUGUUACUACAAAAGGUGGAAAAGAGUGUGGAAGAAGAUUAUGUGACUAAUAUUCGAAAUAAUUGCUGGAAAGAAAGGCAACAGAAAACAGAAAUGCAACAUGCAGCAAAAGUAUACCGUGAUGAUCGACUCCAAAGAAAGGCAGAUGCCUUAAGCAUGGACAACUGUAAAGAACUGGAGCGGUUGACCAGUAUUUAUAAAGGAGGAUGAACUGGAAUUUUUAUUUACACCUUUUAGUGUACUCUUUCUUUUUUCUGUAAGUAAGUUUAGUUUCAUCAUGAGAGCUGAAGAAAAAGAUUUGAUAUUAAAAACUACUGAAUGGUUGAUUCCUGGAAUCUUGGACUGUUUAUGACCUACUGGCUCCUUUAAACAGUGAGAAUUGAAAACUAAAAUUAAUAUUUUAGUUAUGCUUCUACAACUAUUUUCAUUUUAAAAGCUUAUAUGAUUUCUAACUAAAAACGUCUUGAGAAAAGAUUAUCACACCUUUAGCAAUUUCCACCUUUAGUGAUUCUCCAUUUUUACCCUUAUCAUGUAAAUAUUUAUGGAAUGACCAUUUUGUGUAUAUACAGAUUA